AUUUGAGCCAAAAGUCAGACAUCCAGGACAAAGAUGGCAAGGCACCAGCAGAACGAGUCCGUGACGGAUACGCCGGUGCUAGAGGAGGCGCCGCGCACGGAGCCGCCUGCGGAGACGAACAACCGUGGCAACUUCACGCGUAACCUGAACAAGGAGGCGGAUGAGAGUAUAGCGCGCAAGAUGUUCCUUGGUGGGCUGAUGUUCCUGCCGUGGCUGCACCUGGUCAACGUCAUUUUCUAUCGCAAGCAAUUCAUGGACCCGUCCAUCGACUCCACUGUCACCAUGUGGGUACGACGGUCGUUCAUGGGCUUUUGCUUCUGGACGGUGCUCUUUAUCUCGUGGGUUCUUGUCUUCCAGCUCAACUGGAAGGAGUUUGGCUGGCAAAGCCUCGUCAUGGUCGUACCCAGCGAGGACGAGAACGCAGGCUGGUGAGCUGAUUCUAUAAGAAGCUUAACUUUUCAGAUACAUGUACCACAAUCAAGGAUGAUUUACUCGUUUUUUUAUAUAUAUAUUUAUUUUGCUGACCUUCAUACAAAUUACUGUAGCGCAGAUAGCGUGGAAAUCGGGAGAACGACGAAGCUCCUCAACAUAAUAAAAAAAAAAACUAUGCAGCUGGUGUACAGCUGCAUGGUUUUUUUUUUAUGUUGUAGUGUGCUGUAAUGACCUCUUACCUCAAAGCUUUGAGCACGCUGCUUUUCCAGGUUAAAAAAAUGAAAUCUGUGCCGAC